AUGUGCUCUCCUGCCAGUCCCAAAAUCCUAUACAGGAACCCAAGGUUCCUCCGGUUAGCUUUUCUUCAGCUUCAUCACCAGCAGCAGAGUGGUGUGUUCUGUGAUGUCCUUCUGCAGGCAGAAGGUGAAGCAGUCCCAGCCCACUGCUGCAUCCUGUCAGCCUGCAGCCCCUUCUUCACAGAGCGCCUAGAACGGGAGAGGCCAGCUCAGGGUCGGAAGGUGGUUCUGGAGCUGGGGGGUCUGAAGAUCAGGACACUUAGGAAGCUGGUGGACUUCCUGUAUACCUCAGAGAUGGAAGUAUCUCGAGAAGAAGCCCAAGAUGUGCUUUCUGCUGCCCGUCAGCUCCGUGUAUCUGAGCUAGAAUCCCUUCAGCUUGAGGGUGGAAAGUUGGUGAAGGCUCCUCAGGGCCGAAGAUUAAACCGAGAGUGCUUACAACCACCAGCUGCUGCCCCAAUCUCUGCCAGAGUGGUGGUACCCAACCGCCGACCUCGAACUCCACUGCCUACUACCCAGACCCCCUGUCCUCUUGGGGCAGUGAGAUUGAAGUCCUUAGGCAAGGACGAAGGGUCUCAGGAGAAAAACAACGGACAGAAUGCAGAGGACUUGUCUGGCACUCUUCUGCUCAAGAGGAAAGCCAGAACCUGCCCAACUCCACAAGAAAAAAGCUCUUUACCAUCAAGCCACAGUCAGGGGCCAGAAGAGAAUAAGAAUGACCCUGCCCUUGAUCCUACAGCACUUUCACCACCCAGCUUGUACCCCUCUGGCGAUGAGCGACUAUUACCCAGAAAGAUUAGGCUGAGUCGCUCAAAGCCAUCUCCUGAUAUCUGUCCAUCAAAUCCUUCCAGCAUGUUAAGUAGACCCAGCUCAGUGCCUGCAGCCCCUGGCCGGCGUCUGUGGCGGCAGAAGAGUAUAAAUAAAGAAACACCAGAGAAUAAGCAGAAACUGGGAAGAGCUAGUCCUCUACAGAGCACUGCAAGCUCAUGUGGUCUUGGGAAGACAAGCGGGAAUAAGAAGAGGAGCCCUGAAGACAGGGCACCUAACUCAGACUCUGCAGAGGAGGGGCAGGUUGGGAGAGUGAAGCUUCGCAAGAUUGUCAAUGGCACUUGCUGGGAGGUGGUACAAGAGCCUCCCCUCAAAAACUCUCAGGAUAGCCCUCAGAUCCCAGAACCUGGAGGAGACUUAGUAGAGCCUCAGCCUUCCUCAGUUAAAGAGCAAGAAGUGUCAUCUGCUGGUUUAGAACUGUGUCAUGAAUCCCCUGUGUGUUCGAGGAUACAAGACGUUGUGCUUUCUACUAGCCACUCCCCAGGCCACCCGGUGGUGACAUCCAAGUUUGAGUCCAGUCCAGAGCUGGUAGGGAAGGAACCUGUGUUGGAUAUAGACUGCAAGGAGCCCUAUGCCUUUGACACAACCCUGCUGGAGCAGCCCUGUGAAGCUGAGGAGUACCGAAUUACAAGUGCUGCCGCCACCAGUGAGCUGGAAGAGAUCUUGGACUUCAUGCUUUGUGGCUCAGACGUUGAACCACCCCUAGCAUCUCUGCAGAGUCCUGAAGCUGAGGGCUGCAGAACCCCUAGUUACCACCUGACAGAAACAGCAAAGAACUGGAUUGAAGGGGAAGAAUGGUGUUUGCCAGACCUAGAACUCUGGCCCAGGGAGCUCACGGAAUUGGAAAAGGAACCUGUUGAUGAAAGCAAAAAGCCAACUGAGCCCCUUAGCUCCCUUGUCAUGCCCUCUGAGAUGAAUGAAGGAGAGGUGCUUUCAGUGGAUGGCUCUUGGACUCCAGAUCUUGAAAUCACUAGCUCCCAGCCACUGGAUGGUCAGGGAGACAAACUUCACAUUGACUCCCUUAACACUCCCCAAAGGUCUUAUGAGGACCUCUCACCUCCCUGCUCAAACUGGGCAGACACUGGUCUGGAAGUGUCCCUAACUAUGGAUGAGGUAUUAUACCCUGCUGCAGAGGCAGGCAAGGAGGUAUUUGGUAACUCUGAGCUACUGAGCCCACUUCCUACCAGCUCUGAAGAAGAAGAGAUUGAUGUGGUGGACUGGACAACAGAGGGGAAACUAACACCCACUAGUAUCCCCUCUGUAUGGCCCGACCCUUCCUCAGAGUCAGAAACAGAGGUAGAUAUACUAACGUAG